UAACACAAAUAUGCAGGGCAAAACUUUGGCGACGCUCGUGUUGGCGCAAUGUCUGGUGCAAGCAUUGACCUUGCUCAACAAAUCGCCCGAUUUACACGCACCGUACGUUGUGAAUAAGCUGCAGCGGGACAAUCCCAACAACAUGGGCAUCGGCAUGGCUUUGAAUAAUCGCAUGGUGCCGAAGGCUGAACUGGAUCCGAAAUUCUGGCGCGAUCAGGCUAAAGAAGAGUUGGCUAAGCGACUGAGCAAACGGGUGAAUAAGAAUAAAGCGAAAAAUGUGAUCUUCUUUCUCGGCGAUGGCAUGCCAUUCACUGCCAUAACAGCAGCGAGAAUACUUCAAGGGCAGCGUGUGGGCUUCACGGGCGAAGAACAGCUGUUGUCAUUCGAAAAGUUUCCCUAUACCGGGCUGAGCAGAACCUACUGCACAAAUGCUCAAGUGCCCGACUCAGCCUGCACGUCGACCGCUUAUAUGUGCGGCGUCAAAUCCAACGUGCUCACGCUCGGCGUGAAUGCUAACGUAGACUUCAACAACUGCACGGCCAGCAUGGAUGCCAGCAACCACCUGACCUCCAUCUACAGCUGGGCGCAGGCGGCGGGCAAAUCCACCGGUUUCAUCACCACCACCUCACUCACACACGCCAGUCCAUCGGGUGGCUAUGCGCACGUUGCCAACCGCUUGUGGGAAUGCGACGCCGAUGUUCUAUUUUACGGCCAAGAUCCUGCCACCUGCCCGGACAUAGCGCAACAGCUGGUUACAAUGCAGCCGGGUAAGAAUUUGGAUGUGCUAAUGGGUGGCGGCAUGGGCAAGUUUCUGCCCAACACGGUCAAGGAUUUGUUCGGCAAUCCCGGCGAGCGGUUGGAUGGCAAAAACUUACUCGCACGCUGGCAGAAUUCGCACCCCAACGGCGUUGUUGUGAAAAACCGCGACCAAUUGCUGCGGCUGAAUGUCUCGCAAGUGUCCAACAUCAUGGGUCUCUUUCAAUCGGAGUUGAUGCAGUACCAUCUGCAUGCGAACGACGAUCAGCCAACGUUGGCUGAAAUGACUGGCGUGGCGCUCUCAUUUCUCAGUAAGAAUAAUAACGGCUAUUUCAUUUUCAUCGAAGGCGGUCUCAUCGAUUAUGGAAACCACGAGAAUAAGCUUGGCAUUGCCUUGGACGAAAUUUUGGAAUUCGAUAAAGCCAUUCAGUUGGCGCGCGCCAUGACCGAUCCGGCGGAUACGCUGAUUGUGGUGACAGCGGAUCAUGGCCAUCCCUUGAGCAUAUCUGGAUAUCCGGAGAGGGGCACUGAUAUUUUAGGUUUGAACGAGAUGGGUGAGGAUUCGAAUGGAGUGCCCUAUGCGACAUUGAAUUAUGCGGUAGGUCCGCAGCAGUAUCAGCAUGCAGAUGGAACUAGGAUAAAUUUGAGAGGAAAAAUGAAAAAUCCAGACUUCGUAGCACCCAGUUAUAUUAAACAGGAUGUGGGCGUUCAUGGUGGCGACGAUGUGGGCGUGUAUGCGUCCGGUCCAUGGGACCACCUAUUUUGUGGCGUCAUGCAACAAAAUCUGCUACCUCACAUGAUGGCCUACGCUAGUUGCAUAGGUGAUGGUCCGAAAAUGUGUGAUAAAACGAAAAGUUAAGGCAACAACGAUAUGUACUUCUUACGCA